ACCACAUCAGCUCCCCACCUUAUAUACCUUCACAUCACACCCCUACACCCUAUGCCCGCCCCCUGAGCGCGGCAACCCCCAUAUCCCCUUCCACCCAACCAUUCGAAACAAAUCACCAUGUCCAAAACAACCAAAUACCUCCUCGUCUCCCUCCCCACCUCCAUCACCCCCUCCCACCACCGCGACGACGCCCUCGACGCCGUCUCCGCCACAGUCGGCUCCGACAACGGCUCCGUCGCGCCCUUCCCCAUCCCCGAGUUCAAGAUCGGCACCCUCGAUGCCCUGGUCCAGCAGGCUGACGAGCUGGCCAAGCUCGAGGCGGGCUGCCAGGCUGUCGUGACCAAGGUCAGCGAUGCGCUGAAGAAUAUUUUGGAUGGUGAUGCGGCGCAGAUUGAGAGGGCGAAGGUUGUUAAUGAUAAGCCGGUGGAUCAGUAUCUGCGGACGUUUGCGUGGAAUAAGGUUAAGUAUCGGGCGGAUAAGUCGCUGAAGGAGUUGAUUGAUUUGUUGCAGAGGGAAGCAGCGAGUAUCGAUAACGAUAUCCGGUCGAAAUACUCCCAAUAUAACCAGGUGAAGAAUACGCUCUCAUCGCUGCAGCGGAAACAGACCGGCAAUCUCUCGACCAAAUCCCUCGCGUCCGUCGUCGACCCCCGCUCCCUCAUCCGAGAUUCCGAGUACAUCGAGUCGCACCUGGUGGCCGUGCCCGCCCAGCAAGUCAAGGAGUUCCUGAAGACGUACGAAACCGUAGCGCCGAUGGUGGUGCCGCGGUCAGCGACGCUGGUCGCCUCCGACAACGACUUCACGCUGUACGCGGUGACGACGUUCAAGAAGCACAGCGCGGAGUUUGUGCACCGGGCGCGCGAGCACAAGUGGAUCCCGCGGGAGUUCAAGUACGUCGAAGGCGGCAAGGAGGAGGAGCGGCGGGAGGUGGAGCGCGUGGGCGGCGACGAGCGCAAGCUCUGGGGUGAGACGCUGCAGCUGGGCCGGACCGCGUGGAGCGAUGCGGUCAUGGUCUGGAUGCACGUGUUGGUGCUGCGGGUGUUUGUUGAGACCGUGCUGCGGUAUGGGUUGCCGCUGGAUUUCGUGUGCACUAUUAUCCGGACACCCAAUGCGAAGCAGGCGGACAAGGCCAAGCACAACAUGGACGAGAAGUACUCGUACCUGGCGGGGAAUGCGUUCGGGCGGGACAAGAAGGGACGGGUCAAGCGAGACGACCCGCAUGAGAUGUCUGCGGGAGGCGAGGGGCAUGCGGAAUACACUGCGUAUGUGUAUUAUGAGUUUGCAUUCAACUAGGCAGCCAAACAGGGGGGUGGUGUUGGUGGGUUGAUACCACAAUUGACAGCGUAUGCAUGAUUUACAGCACUG